GCGCCGCCGCUAAACCAAAGACAGAAGUGUUGUUGUUGUUAAGAUGUGUCAGUGUUUUGACAUUUAACAUGUCGUGUGCAGCUGUGAAUUGUACAAAUCGGCAUUCACCAGGAUCUAGUACAAGUUUUCAUCGCUUCCCUUUAGGUGAUAAAGAUCGGCUUCAGCGGUGGCUGGUGAACAUCAGACGUGAUCAUUUUAAGCCAUCUCCAUCUUCUCGCUUAUGUUCCCACCACUUUAAAGAUAGUUGCUUCUUCACUAACAAUAAAGGUCAAGUGUGCCUUGCUAAAACAGCCGUCCCUACCAUAUUUUUCAUCCCUGGCCCCUUUCAGAAGCAUCCACGGCGCACCCAAGUCAGGCAGAGGAACCUGGAAAGUCAUGAAUUUCACACAUACUGUCUCAAAAGGGAUGACAGUAGAAAUUGUGUGGAGGAGGAAGUUGUUUUGGAUGAGUUUGUGAAAGAGGAAGAUCCAGACAUGACUGAAACUAGUGGGACUCCGGUGAUGUACCCCACUGAAAUAUGUGUCGUUGCAGUUAGACAUGAUCAUUGCUACAGCUCUUGGUCUUCAAACACAGCCUGUAGUUCCAUAGAGGACAGCAGCUCAACCACAGACAUGCAGGAGACCGAAUCACCAGAGAUGUUGAAGUACAAUUUGAACUUAGUCCUGAGAAAGAUUAAAGCAUGCAGAAAAAAGAUGAAACUGAAGAAUGCUACGAUUAGAAGGUUAAAAAAAAAACUGACUUCACUGUUUUCCAUCAUUUCGGAGCUGAAAGCGAAAGACCUCAUUGAGACAAAACACAGGUUACCCUCAGGAAAAGCAAGUUCUGAAAGGAUCUAAACCAUGGGCUCCAGCUUAAACCGAAGGGUCAAGAGCUGUAAAAUAAUUCCUCCUGGUAAGAGUCUCGGACUCAAGACCACUGUAUGCCUUAAGAGGAGGAGGUGGAUUUGUUCUGGCAGCAUCCUUCCAGUUAUUUCCACUGGUCUGGGAAAUGACUAUGUGUUCUGGAAUAAGUUGAUUUGGUCAGGAGGACGUAGAGAUCUCAGAUGAAAAGAGAUAUCAGAAGAAUACAUAAAGGAUAGCUGUUUAUUUUCCUCAUUUGGUUUUGGAAAUGCAAGAAUCCAGCAUAGAUGUCAGCCUGGAUGGUGUUUGCAUCACUUGUUUUCUGUUGAACUGUUACAUGAUUUGAUGUUCUACUUGCAAUUUUUUUUAUAUUGUACAAUUCGUACAUUUCUGAAAUAUUUGAGAUCUUGGUUCCUCUUUUCUCAGAUGGUUAAAAAAGCUUUACUCUUAGAAUCACUACAGUAAAAAAUUCAGCAUGGAAACAAACUUCCAGUUGCAGCUAUGCUGAACAUUUCAAUAAACGUAUUUUUAUUAUUAAUAUUCAGUAAAUUUGAUACAGACAUACAAAUUGUCAAGGUUAAUUUCAAAAUAUAUCAUAUAUUUAAUAUUAAUUGAACUGAUCCUGACACAGCUUUCAAUUUGGCAUCAGUUUUUUGUGUCAAACUGAUUUUCUAGAGAAUAUGAUAAUACGUAAUUCACAAUAUGAUUUAACAUAAUGAUUUAUAAAGCAGGACAUUCUAAAAAACAUAUUCAUAUAAAUUCAUAUUCUAGGUCCAGAUGUGGCAUUAAUAAUGCAACCACAUGGAUUUAAUAUCUGCUCAGUAGUUUAAUCAAUACAAUAUAAAGACACUAAAUGGCCAUUGCCAACUUUAAGGGCCUUUCAACUGUUCUAGUGUAUAAAUGAGCACAUGAUCAGGACACAUGGAGCAAUCCUUUCAUAAAAGAGUUUCUUUUGGCUAAACAGAAAAUUAAGUAAUUGUGCUCCUAAGAGAAUAAAGUUAAAAUCAUAAUAUUAUUUGAUGUUAUUUUGCACACAUAUUAAAAGUCAAAGUAGAAAACACAGUGGCUCAUGACAGUAUGCUGACAGGUUUUGUAAUGGGCAGUCUGCUGGUUUUGCUCCAUGGUUUUGCUCCUGGAUUUAAUUUGUUGUUGUCAGAUGAAAACAGUCGUCUCCUCUCCGUUUUCUCCUUCUUCUUGCUCCAGUCUUCCUCUCUUCACUAAGUGCUGGAUCCUGGACUCCAAACUCUGGCAGCACGGCCGCUCCAGAAGAGGCUGGUACUUCCUCUGCCUGGAGCCCUCCAAGGGCCAACAAUGCAGAGAUGUCAUCUCUAAGAAAACAGAAACAAAAACUCUUUUAAUGAUACUUUUUACAUGCUACUUUUUUGAUAAACAUCAGACGGUAUGUUAGUAGUUCACUCCGGACUUAUAAGUCAAGUGUUUUUGAGUCGUGUGAGUUUCAGUAUGGAUGCAGACCUGUGUUUGUUUUCUGAAUGCCUUGGAUCAUGCCGAGCAGAACUUGGGUUUUCACUGCGUUCUGAAUUCAGUGUUGGUACAGAGUUUAGGACAUGAUUCUCCUCCUCCGUUUCAUUCCUCAAAUUCACACACUCAAAGUGGCAGUCGUAAAGCACCAAAGGGUAAUCCACUGCCAUGCUAUAAAAAACAGACAACUUUAAUGAACAGUCACUUAUUCAGUAAAGAAAAUUAACGUUCCUACAGAUCUGAAAUGUUAAUAUUGGGAAAGAUCAAGUUCUUGCUGGUCUAAGCAAUGUACAACUUCACAUGGAAUCCAGAAUUAGCUCUGGAAGUACUGAAAUAAAACUCCCAUCAAACUA